AUGGUCAAACCAAAUGGAUUAGUGCUCGGUUGGCUGUUCAUCCUACAUCUAAUAUUUGUGGUUAGCCAAAAGGAUAAUCUGGUCGUUGAAUUGGAAUCAUUUGAAAUCGACAAGAAAUAUGACACACAAUUUGUCGAUUGGCAUUCGUUGCGAAUGACAAGAAUAUCGAGAAAUAAUUUUGUGAUAAAUGGCACCGCCAUUGGCAACAUGGAUUUGGAUAAUCGUCAAGCGCUAAACCUGCAAAUCUUCACCUAUGAUGCCAAACAAAAGUUACGAGGCCUAUUGGUGUUCAAUGUGGAGCACAGGGUAUGUGAUUUUAUCGAACAGGAUAAGGAUGUAUAUCCACGAUUGCAAGAGGUCUCAAAUUUACCCGAACCAGGAACGUGUCCUUUGGCAAAGGGCCAAUAUCAUUUUAAAAACUAUGAAAUAAAUCAAAAUUAUCUACCCGCCGAUGUUCCCGAUGGCUAUUAUAAUAUUUUGGCGAAAUUAAAGAAUGGCAUCAGUACCGUGGCUGCAUUGGAGAUCUUGAUUAAAAUAAGUCAUCAAAAUUGA